CCUUGACUUAAAAGUGCCAUCAUGUAUAAGUCAACUCUUUUUUUAACUGCUAUGUUAGUAGAUAUCGGCCUGUGUAGAUCCACUACUGGCUUGAAUCAGCUGGAGAGUUUUGGACAGCAUGAGACGAAUACAAAAGGGCCUUUCAAUGGACGGCCUAGCGAACCAGCUACUGACAAGAACGCUUCCCAUAUCCCACCUGAUAAAUUUAUAAUAGCGGGCAGACCUACCGGUUUAGCCCAGUACCCGUGGCUGGUCCACAUGACUAUGAAGAUCCAUGAGCCCCAGGACACCAACAUGGUGGCCUGUGGGGGAUCCCUCAUCAGCCCAAGACACGUGCUCACCGCUGCCCACUGCCUGGAUUUCGAAUUCAGAAGUUAUGAGGACGUGAGCGUCUACCUAGCGGAGUACAACACCCAGACCUUCCCGAACGACUGCGUCGGGAGCCAGUGCAUCAAGAACCUGGUGAUGCACCCGGAUAUGAUCACCAUCCACGAGCAUUUCGAUCGACAACAAGUCCGCAACGACAUUGGGAUGUUAAGGCUCUCUGGGCCCACUCCUAACUCUGAGCACAUCCGCCCAAUCCCUCUUCCGACUUUCAACAUCAACGUGGCACAAUACGAAGGAACUCCUCUCACCAUCGCCGGCUGGGGCCAAACUGAGUUCGGCCAAGCAUCACCCAUCAAACUACACGCUCAAGUCCAACUGAUCUCACUCAACACAUGUAGGAGAUACUUCGCGGUGACUAGUGGCAUGCUGUGCGCGGCUGGUAGGAACAGACAGGACUGCUGUUUCGGAGACUCUGGUGGCCCGAUCAUGGUCGAGCAGCAAGGAAACUACCAGCUCGUUGGGGUCGUCAGCUUUGGAGAUAGCAAGUGCGGGGGCUCCAAGCCUUCUGUGUACACUAAUGUGUUUUCUUAUUUGGAUUGGAUCCAGAAGAAAAUGAGGAAUUAAGCCAGAUCACAUAUGGAUGGUGGUCAUUGUGAGGAAGCUUUAUAUUAUGUAAGGUGUUUAAUGAAAAAGCCUACAAAUCUGGUCAAAUUCAUUCAACUGGCAAUAUUUACUCAGCUACCCGUUUUUGUUAUUUUUUUAUAAAAGUCAAUUGAGGGUGGAUGAAAAAAUCAGAUUUGAAGUUUAGUGUUAAAGCAAUCCUUUGUCUCGCUGUUUCUUUUAAUAAAGUUUUUGGGUUAAAAAAGUGGAGUUUUAACAUGUUUGGUCCUUCUAGAACUGGAUUGUGAAAGUGUAAUAAGUGCUAAGAACAAUAGUGUAUAAAAGGCUAAGUGUUUAUUACUGCGAGUUGGUAAGAUUAGACUGUAAAUUAUAACAUUGAUUUCGUGCACCAGUGAGGUUAAAACCCUUUAUGAACUAUUUCACUAAUUUGGACAUUUAAACAGUGUUUAGUUUAUUUUGAACUGCUAAUACGUGGACAAUAAUAAGUCGUAAUAAUAAUUACGAAGUGUUUUGGACUAAUACAAAUACAUUUACGUGGACAUUUGUGGUUAAAAACUUAUGUCAUUUUAACCUGCAUAUUUAUAGACUUUGUAGCCAGAUAAAGAUAACAAGUGAUCUAACUUUACGUAAAUUGAUCUCGAUAUAGUACG